GUAUGCGAUAAUUUGGGUGCAUGCGUAACUGUAAAAGUGACUGUCAAUGUCCGUCAUACUGACGUAGAAGAUACAGAGUCUUCAAUUAUAAAUCACCUAGCACGCGCUCGAUACUGGCUAGAAUAUGCAGAUUGGCAAAAAUCUUUUAUAUUGCUUAAUCAACUGGCUCGAAGAAUCAGUUCUAAAGAGCGUCUCGUUGUUUUCACUGAAACAUUGGGAGUAUAUCAACCACAAACUACUGUGCAAUUAGCUCAUCUCGUACGCCUUUUAUCAAAUGUAGUUCUUUCUCUUGAGCCUUUGGAUGAUAUGGAAGUCAAUGUUCUUGCUCGAAUACUGCAUAUUAUAGCGUCCACUUUUAAAUCUAUUAUUGCUAAUAACGAGCUUAAUACUCUUAUGGAUGAAUACUACCAAACGAUGGUAAACGAUCUUUGCGACCUGCUUAAUAAGUUUAGUGCUGAAUGGGAGUUUAUACCAAAGUCACAGUGUCGGGCAGAAUCAGAAUCCUGCCUUAACACAGAUAACUUCCGUCAUCGCCUGGAACAAAUGUCUACCCUGCAACCACAGGGUCUGGAACAUAUAAACAAUUGGCUACAUGCGCAUUGGAAGCUGAGUAUGUGCCUAUUUUACAUGGGUAUGGGUACGGCGCGACGUCAACAUCCUGAGGAAGCACCGAAAAUAAUUACUCGAACAACUUUUACAAUGCGUAUGGAGAGCUUUGAUCUUGACCUAGAGCGUGAUAUAGUGAUAGAAUCUGCUGACUCUAUGCAUACUCUUAUUUUCACGGAAAGCUUAUUACAAGAGUUGCGUCAACAGCUACGAAAUGAUGAAGUUCUUAUCUCAGUGAGGAGUCAUAAGCAGAGCCAGUACUGGUGGUAUCCAGAGCAAGAAUCACGGACACAGGUACUAGUUGUUAAUGCCUAUACAUCCAACGCAAUCUGGGAGAAAACAAAGAAACUGUCUGAGCCGUUUCAAUACAUCUCCCGACUUAAAACGAAUUUCUCAGCAAUCGAACCCAAGUGCAGUGAUCGGAGGCUCCUACAUAGGCGACGUCAAAAAGGAAGCGACUUCGACGAUCCCCAAGAAGACGUGGAGAAUGUUAUACAUGACAACGUGAUAAAUGCCAAUGAAGUUCGCAUGUAUCGUACCGAACUUUAUGGACACUCUGUGCUAGGUGUUAUCUUUACAAAGGCCGAUAUAGAUUACCGUGUGUUACUGUAUAUGACAAACGUACCAAAGCUGAGAGACAUGGACACACAGAAUGCAACAUGUUUGGUAAAAAAUGGGAUUGUAGAACCUAUCGCGUUGUUACUUCGUAACCGUUGUGAGCAGGCACGUCCAGUUUACAUUUAUAUUCGCGCAGAGAACAGCUUAGAGCACUGGGACUCUUAUCAAGAUACGGGUGCAUAUUUCACUUUUUCUACCGAAAUCCGAAGUUGCCGAAUCUGGAAUUAUGCACGACCUGAACCCAGCUGGCAGACUAUUUCCUGCAUUCCUGAUAUGAAUAAAAGCGUGUACUUUGGUAUUCAUUGCCGCUGUAAUUUUAUUAGCGACCUGGACGCCGACACUAAACCAAUUAUUGUUGUCCGUAUGAAUCUUAAAUGCCAUUUAGAGAGGCCAGUAGUAGGUCGUAAUUAUCAAAUAAUAAUUUGCUACGUAGUUAUACCAACGGCAGUCAUGGCGUACCUUUUUUUUCAAAUGCAGAGAGCACCCCUCUGGGACAAACGACUUUACUUAGAAGAGCUAUACAGUGGAGAGCUUUGCCAAAGUGGUGACAUUAUUGUCAAAGUUACAUUUGGCGGUAGAUAUAACUCUGGAUCUUCAGCAAACAUUAUACUUUCAUUGCAAUCGUCACAAGGUCAAAUACAGGUCAUUGUUUACCAAGACCCCGUUUAUAAGACUUUUGAGCGCAAUAACACUAUAUCAUUUCGGCUUCACCGGGAGCUUGUCCAUUUGCCUGUACGCCUUUCACUCGGUCAUGACAACUCGGGCAUUUAUCCACACUAUUUUUGUCGAAGUGUAGUUUUUACCGACAUACUUACGGAGCGAACUCAAAAUUUUCGAGUUCAACGCUGGGUGCGUGCGUCACCUAUGGAGCGAAGACAUAAUUCAACCAAUUUGUUCAACCAGGCAAGCAGCACACCAAAGGAAAUUUACAGGUGGUCAGCGCGCUUCUCAUUUUGUAUCGAACUUUGCAUGGGAAAGUGGUAUUUAUUUCAACCAAUAAUAGGACCCUGGCGCUUUGGAAAUAACCGCCAAUCGCACUGUCGAUGGGAACGCAGCUGUAUAUAUAUGGGUAAAAUAUUUAUUUCCAUUUGCAUAGUUAUUAUAUACUUUGGACGAGCCGAGCCAAUAGCAUGCGAUCCAAGUCCAAAGAGGUAUAAUGAGUUAAAUAUUGUGGUGUGGCUCUGUUUAACAUGUCUAUUUGCAAGCUGUAUUAUUGAAGCUAUUAUGAGUUUAUGUCUACGUAUGAUUUCAAAAUAUAACUAG